AUGAAGACUAUGAUACAGCUCUAUGUGGGUGAGCACCAUGCAGAUUGGGAUCGCUAUGUGGAGGAAUUCUGUUUCACCAUGAAUACAGCAGUACACGUCGGUACUAAGUAUACUCCUGCCUUCCUCAACUUCGGAAGAGAGUUGAGAGCACCAGGAGAUGCUUGUGGUGAGGAGGAAGGCGAUCCCCGACAGGAGGAUGGAGGCACGAGUCGAGCAGCCCAGCUGAGGAGGCUGCAAGUACUGAAGCGUGCGCAGAAGCUCGUUUUAGAUAACCUAAACGAGGCCUAUAAUAAUACCAGGAGGUAUUAUAAUCUUAUGCGAAGACCGCUGGAACUAAGAACGGGCCAGUUGGUGUAUAAGAGGGAUUAUCAUCUCUCAUCCGGAGUGAACCAGUUUGCGGCUAAGCUAGCUCCAAAAUUUUCUGGGCCCUAUGAGGUAGAGAAAAUGUUGAGCGCUUCUGUAGUGUUGCUGAAAGGAGCUGCUGGUAAAAGGCUGACUGUUCACGUGAAGGAUAUAAAGAUCUUGCCGCCCCUUCCCGAGUCCCGGAGUCCUUCCGGGAGCACUUCCCGGAGUCCCGGAAGGACUCCGGGAAGUGCUGAGAAAUUUGAGGAGUGA